AAGUCUUCAUACCUUUUUUAUUUUAUUUUGUUCUUUCUUUCUUCUUCUUCUCUUCCCCUUACAAUGGCUCUUAGUAACAAGGCUAGCAAUGGUUCGGCUGCCAAUCCACCGAGAUUGACGCACCCUACCAAGUAUCACCUUCAAAUGCAGCAGCAGCGGUUGACCCGAGAUAACAGCCAUGACCUCGACCAACAACAAUUUGUCAUUGACCCACUUGCCUUUCAACCUCAUAUAUUCUUUCCAGCACAAAAGACGUCGCCCCAUCUUUCUGACAUGGAUUACACCGAUUUACCCGAUAAUCUUUAUGCCGAUUCUCCCACCAGCAACUCUCUCGUGCAAGACGACUUGUUGUACGAUGACCUCAGUACUCCGCCUAUGGACAUGAAGCGAUCGUUCAAUCCGCAUUAUCCAAUGUACAUACAGUCCCCUCCAAACGACAAGGGUUUCGCCAUGAGUGCCCCUGCCAACAUUGGUGGAUUUAAUGGGGAUCAGUAUAGUAGCAUCCAUUCUACUACCAGCUCAUCUCUCAAGUAUCCCCAAACACCCACUAUCGGGGAGGAAGGUGAUGGAGGUAGUUACGAAGAUGACUACGCCACCCAAGCAAAUCUGCAGGCAGUAAUGGAGAAGAGACGACGUCGGCGAGAAUCACAUAAUUUAGUUGAACGAAGAAGAAGAGAUAAUAUCAAUGAACGAAUUCAGGAACUUGGCCUACUUCUGCCCGAUACCACUCUGGAUGGUGCUAACAAGCCCAACAAGGGUCAAAUUCUUAGAAAGAGUGUGGAGCAGAUCAAAUUACUGCAAAAUGAAGUGAAUAUGUAUCAGAGCAAAGUGCAAGAGCUUGAAUCCUUACUGGAGAGAUAUAAGAUUACCCAACAAUCAUGAUGUGGGCAAUCUCCAUGUAAAAAAUCAAGAAAAUGAACCUACUCUUUUCUUUCAAAUCUCUCUACAUACAUUUCUCAUAUAACGCUUUACCCCCUUUUCUCUACCUUACAUAUAACCUCUUUUUCUUUUGGCGGUCAACUACACAAAAUACUUCAUUGCAUUAUUUCCUGCUUUUAUUCUCUUUAUUCCUUACAUUCAGUGUGUACCAUUCAAUUUUGUCCUAUCCCAGUUUUUUUUUAUCUAUCGCUAUUGUUGAUCAUUUUCCUGUUACAUACCUUUUUGUUUUAAUUUCAAUCGAUUAAAGUUACCGAUCAUAUCCUGU